AUGGAUAUCAAGCCCAAAGCCUUCGAUGAUAGCGUGUCCGUGGAUUCGUAUGAUGUUAUUUCUACAUCCGCAUCAGCAAAUUCCGAGCCUUCCUUCCCAGAAUCCAAGCAGGAAUGUUGUGCCACAGUUCUAUCUCGCAUCCGUGAAAUCGUCUCAUUCGAUUUCACCCCUUCCUCUGUCACUCCCAUCGUCAACUCCUGCGCUGCUGCACUCCCAGCAGCAGAGUUCUCCGACCUCCUGCAACAACCCGAUAUCGAGGAUCACACGGCGCUCUAUUGGGCCAUUAUAAAGCAUCGGCCAGAAGUACUUUGGGCAUUUAUUAAAUACAUUCUCAAGUUCUCGCGUGUAUGCCUUUCUGAUAUGCGUCUUGCAUGCGCGAUAGUGAGCGAUCAAAUAAUGUUCGCCCGGCUAAAUUUGGGACGCACCAUCAAUCCCAAGGUUGGGUCUGUGAGAUGUUUUUUGGGCUGUCCGCCCGAUAAGAUACACGUGUAUGGAGGGAAUGGAGUUGGCAACAACAAAUUCGUUGUUUCUUUCCGCUUCAGGAUGUUCCAGACUCGCCUGCGCAUUGCACAGGAAUUGGCCGUGGAAUUUGUUGCCGCGGGACGUAUAUGGGUGUUGUGCUUUUAUGUGGGGCCGGAGGGGAUGUGGCGCGUUGAGUAUGGUCUUUCUAAACAUAGCCUUCCGGUGUAUCCAGCCGCUGUGUUCGUGAUAAAGGCUCACAGAGGACCGCCUGAUUGUGUGACCCCGGCCCCUCUAAGGCUAGAAAUGACAUCGCCGUGCACGCUUGUACCCAACGGGUAG